AUGCAAGAAGACGAGAUUGUUGGCACAUUUAAAUGGAAAAAAGGAGAAGCACCAAAAAGCUCACGACACGUUAAAGCUUCGCCUGAUCCGACUUACUCGUUUGAUCACAAAGGAA